AUGGGAUAUAUGUCAGUUAUCAUGAUCACAUGUCCCUUCAUCUAUUUAGCUUCUUUUUCUUUUCUUUUUCUCGUGUCUCUUGUAUCCAAUUCUUUCUGUCUUUAUCAAUUAAUUUCUAUCUUUCUCUCUUCAAGGUUUUUUCUUUUCGUGAUUUACUUUCUUUUUUCUCUUUCUUUUUUUUUUCUACAAAUCACUUCUCUCUCUUUUUUCUUUCCAAAUUUCUGUCUUUCUUCAAUUUCUUUCUUUCACUUCAUUUCGCGGUCUUUUUCACUUUUUUGUACUUCUGCACUAUCGCUCGCCUUCUCUCUCUCCCUUUCUCUCCCCCUCCUCCUCUCACUCUCUCUUAGUUCUUCUCCAAUUCCACCGUCUCUUUCUUUCUUUCUUUCUUUCUUUCUUUCUUUCUUUCUUUCUUUAGUUGCUCAUUGUUACAUUCCUUUCUUGACUUAUUGGCUAAGAAAACUAUCAUUAAUUACUCAUCCGUCUCUCUUUAUCUCUCCCAGUUCUCUCUGUUCUCUUUCCCUCUCUCUUUAUCCCUCCCCAGCCUCUCUUUUCAUCCCUUUCUUUCUUUCUACAUUUCUCGAUUUUUUUAUAUUACCUUUUACUCUUUCUCUCUCUUCCAAUUUACAUACUGUCUCUUUUGCGCAUUUCUCUUUUCCCAUUCGGAUAAUACCUCGCCAUAAACUUGUUUCUCUCUUUCUUCCUUAUUCUUCUCUAUACUAA